AUGGAGGAGUGGAAGCUGACGGUGCUGCUCUUCCUCUCCAGCCUGAGCCUCUGGGGCCUCUGCACACUCGUGCUGCCCUGCACCCCCAGCCUGGUGACCAUCCUGGGUCUGGGCAUCUUCAUGACCUGGUGGCCCAACAUCAAGGCCAAGGUCAAGGGGACCUUUGCGGGGAAGAGACGUCGCAGCAGCAGGAGGAAGGACCCGAUAGGAUCAUCCGUCCCCUGGGAAGGCGUGGAGAGCUCUGCCGAGAGCCUGAAGGCAAGCCCCUGGCCUGGGCUGGCCCCGUGUUCCCGAGACCCCAGCUUCGCCCCCAGCAUCCCAGAGCUGGCAGGGCUGGCUGCGGGCAGCUGGGAGAUCGCCCAGGAGAAGGCAGAGAGAGGGAGCCGGCCCGGCCCCGGCCCCCAGGAGCGAAUCGCCGCCCGCCGCCGCCGCCUCGCCGCCCGCCUCGAUGCCAAGCGCCGGGAGGCUCUUGGAGAAGAUGUGGAGCUGAAGGUGGCUCAGGUGGAGGAAGAGCAGAGAAGGAGCCACAAGCAGAUUGAGGAGAGCAGGCAGAGGCUGGCCAAGCUGCUUUUUGAUGGCACGCAGAUGGUGACAAAUAUCCAAGUGGCUGCUGACUUGAGAGAAAUGCAAAGGAGGGCAGAGGAGGCAGAGCUGAAGCUACAGAGGGUGGAGAAGCUGGAGAAUGAAGCCAAGUCUAGCACAUACAAGUUUGAGGAGAUCACCUCCAAGUGGGCCUUGGCCAAGGAGAUGACGAUCCCACAGGAGCUGUGGCAGCUGCUGAACCAACAGCAGCAGCAGUGCGCGCUGCUUCUGGAGGAGAAGAACAAGCUCAUCAGUGAACUGCAGCAGGAGCUGAAAAACAAAGAUGAACAAUACGUGUGGGCCAUUAAGAAGCAGUCAGAUGAUAUUCACUUGCUUUUGGAGAGAAUGGAGGAACAGAUCAGGCUCAUGCUGAAAAAUUACCGUCAUGAACUCCUGCAGAUUGAGAAGGCUUUUGAGCUUGAACGGCGAGAGCUGCUGGACAACAACAGGAGGAAAUGGGAGGAAGCCAUCCAGGCCCACAAUGCGCAGGAGCUGGAAUACCUGCAUGCCCGUAUGAGGAAGGUGGAAGAGUUUGAGAAACAGCUGAAUCAGCUGCGGGUGCAGGAUGAGGAGGAGUAUAACAGCAUGAAGAUCCAGCUGGAGAAUGAUGUGCAGAACCUGGAGAGGCAGCUCCAGCAGAUGAAAGCUGUCUAUCAGCUGAACCAGGAGAAGCUGGAGUACAACCUUCAGGUGCUUAGGAAACAGGAUGAGGAGAACACCAUCAUCAGAUCCCAGCAGAAAAGGAAGCUCAACCGGCUCCACAGCUUGCUCAAUAACCUGAGAACAAAACUGGCUAACCAAGAGAAGCAGUUCAGAGAGGAGAACCACAGCCUGGCAGCCGACUGCGAGCGCAUCACGGGGCAGUGCAAGGAGGUGCAGAGGAGGAUGAGGCACUUUGCUAUCAGUGAUGCUGAGAAAUUCACGGAGGUCUGGCUUAUGAAUGAGGAGGAAGCCAAAGGGCUGAUGCGGAAAGCCCUCGAUGCAGACCGUGUCAUUCACACUCAGCAACUGGGACUGCCCUGGGAAGAGCCUCGUUACUGGUUCCUGAAUAACACUGGCCCCCUUGGGCAUUACAAAGUGAAGAGGAUGGCGACCAAGCUGGCUGCAGAAGUCCUGACAGAGAGCAGCUCUGGGGGACAGGAGGAGGAAGGGAGAGAGAAGGAGAAGGAAGAAGUGGGCAGUGGAGAAGGAGGAAAAGAAAACACAGUGAAGGUUGAGGGUAGAGUCACACCCCUGCGAAAUAUCUCCAAGAAGACUGCCAAGAGGAUUCUGGAGCUCAUCAGUGACGAGUCGGGUUUCCUCAUUGAGAGCAAGCUGCUGAGGUCCCUGCAGGCACUGGGGAGGCACGAGCGUACCCUCAUGAAGCUCGACUCCAUCUUUGCGGCCCUCGAGAUUGACAGUGAGGAUGACCUGUACCAGCUGGUGGAUUUUUUCUUGAAGUACAAAGCCCAGGAGAUGGCUGUCAGCCAGAGCCAGGGCAGCCCAGGUGCAGAAGAUGUCACGGAUCUAGCUGAGGACAGAGAGGACGGUGGAUCCGGUGCCCAGAGGAACAAGCUCAAAUCCCCUCGGAGCUUGCUGGGCUCCCUUCCAUCUGUGUACUUCCACGCUGAUGAUGUCCUAAAGAUCCUGAAAGCGUUUGUGCGGGGUUUUGACAAGCUGAGGGAGAAGGACAGAUCAGCAAAGGAGGUGCUACAGGUACGGGACAGCUCCAAGGACGAGGAGUACUGGAAAGCCCUGGCACACGUUAUCCCCAAGCCGACGUUGAAGCUGUGGGAUGCGCUGGCAGUGGCACUGGAGGAAUAUUACGAGAUCCUCAUGCAGAGAGCCAGCUUGCUCGCCGAAGUGGACCUCCUGCAGCAGCAGAACUCGGAGCUGUGCCUGCUGCUGGAGGAGUACAUCAGCUCCGGGGUGAACAGCAAGCUGCUCUUCCCUCCCACGAAGUGGAUGGACCUGAACCUGUCCUGCCCUGGGGAAGCACACGCCAUGGAGAAGAGAGCCAGCCCCUCGGCCAGCAGCUCGGUGGCCUUGGCCUCGUCCUCCACGGCCACCUUCAAGGAAGAAUUGCUGUGCCCCAUCUGCUACGAGCCUUUCCGGGAAGCCGUGACGCUUUGCUGCGGCCACAACUUCUGCAAGAGCUGCGUGAGCCGUUCUUGGGAGCACCGGCAUCACGUCUGUCCCGUCUGCAAAGAGGCCUCCUCGUUCGACGACCUCCACAUCAACCACACGCUCAACAACCUGGUGGAGAUGAUCCUCAAGGAGGAAGGACAGCGGCGGGGCCGGGCGGCCACCCUCUGUCCCCUGCAUCACGAAGAAGCCAAACUCUUCUGCCUGGAGGAUAAGGAGCUGGCGUGCUUCGCCUGCCAAAGCUCCAAGCAGCACGAAGGGCACAAGAUGCGGCCGGUGCAGGAGACGGCAGUGGAUUUCAGGGCCAAGCUGAAGAACAUGGAGACCUCCUUGCGGGAAAAGGCGAAGGAUUUUGGGGCCGUGCAUCGCUCCUACGAGUCCAUCUCCAAACACAACCAGGUGGAAGCGGUGCGGCUGGAGGAGCAGAUCAGGAGGGAGUUUGAGAAGCUGCACGAGUUCCUGCGGGGCGAGGAGAAGGCGCUGCUGGCCCAGGUGCAGCAGGAGACGCAGCGCAAGCAUGGCCUCAUCGAGGGCAAGAUGAAGCAGCUGGCAGAGGAAAGCCGGGCCCUGCUCAACGAAGCCCGCCAGCUCCAGGCGGACCUCAAGGAGGAUGACUACACCUUCCUCAUGACCCACAAGAACCGCAAGCGCAGGAUCGCCUGCACGGCUGAGGAGCCGGAGGCCGUGCCUUCGGGGAUGGUCCUCGAUGUCGCCAAGUACCUGGGCUCGCUGCAGUACAACGUGUGGAAGAAGAUGCUGGACAUCAUCACCGCAGUCCCCUUCAGCUUUGACCCCAACUCCGCGGCGGGCUGGCUCUCCGUGUCUGAGGACCUCACCAGCGUCACCAACGGGGGCUACAAGCUGCUGGUGGAGAAUCCCGAGCGCUUCACCUCGGCCCCCUGCAUCCUGGGCUCCUGCGGUUUCUCCACCGGCUUCCACACCUGGGAGGUGGACCUGGGCGGCAUCACGAACUGGCGGGUGGGGGUGGCCCGGCCGCGCAGUGGCAUCCACUGGACCUUCCACCACGAUGCUCGCUCUGGCUUCUGGUACAUCUACCGCCUGCCCGGGAAGGAUGGCGAGACAUGCCGAGCAUCCAACACGGCGCGUUCGGAGGCGGCGCUGGGCGACCUGAGACGGAUCCGGGUGGAGCUGGACUGCGACGAAGGGGAGCUCUCCUUCUACGACGCCAACCGCAAGACCCACAUCUACACCUUCCACGAGAAAUUCGGAGGCACUGUCUACCCCUACUUCUACGUGGGGGGUACGCCGGUGGGUGCGCUGCCUGAGGCGCUCCGCAUCUGUCCCCUCCGUGUCCGUGUCCACGAGGAUGUCCCUGUCUAG